AUGCAGAUCAGUCCACGCUCCACACUCUCUUUCGACCUCGAGAAAGCGAAAGAAGAUGUCGACGCUCUUAAUUACGUCCUCAAAGAACAAUACGACGCCCUCGUCGCAACGAUGGAAUACGUUCGCUCGUUAGAACAAUCAGGAGUGCCCGCUGAGCUCCAGAACAACAUCUACAGGCUGUUCUGUAUGGGGGCGCUCACAUAUAUGCAUGUCCGGAAGCCUUACCGAAUCAUCCUUGAUGACCGAAAACUACAACGAUCUCAUACUACCACUAUCCACGGACCGAAAACCUACAACAAUCUCACGAUGAGCGCCGAGGCCAGCAACCAAUCUCAGCAAGAACCGCCAGAGCAAGAGACACCCGACUAUGCCUUCAUCGAGGCACUGACAUCUCUGUCCAAAGCCGGAGGUGAAUUGUUUAAGGUCGCCAGGCCAGUGCGAAACGACCUCAACGAUGCAAAGAAAGUGAAUCAGAAGAAUAGGGAUAAGGCAAGAGUCCGGGAGCUGAAGAAGAGAGGACAGAGCCUUGUUCAGAAGUUUCGAAAAGAUCACUGGAAGCCCUUCCACCAAACGUACGGCGAACUCGACCUCAGCAAGAAGUUGAAGAAGUUAGCGGACGCUACCCGGGCUAAAUUUCCGAUGGACGGGAAGUCCUAUCAGAACGUAGCAGGGUUCUAUGAUGAUACGAAGGAGACUUUAGAGCGUCUAGAGAAGGACUUCUGGUGUUAA